GUCGAAUUUGAAUUUGAAUUAGAGAUCACAAAAUCAGUUUUUAAAAAAAAUUAUGUUUCUGUAACUGACAAAGAUUAUGAUUUGUGAACAAUAUUAUUCUUGAUGCAUAACAUACUCUAGUAUUUAAUUUGAUGAGUGAUUGAUAAACUUUCAUUUCAUAUAUCACAUUAAAUAUGUAAAUAGUAAAUGAUUUCUUUGUUGUUUCAGGAUUGUUUCUUCAAUAUAUGAUGGCAGAGGAAUAUGUUCAUGUACCAGUGGUUUCUGACGAAGUGACUAUGUCGCGUGUCGUUCAUUUAAGAAGGCCCUCAGCUGGAAACAAUGAAGAAAAAGUUGUUCCUCAUUAUCGUCGAGCUUCGAUCGGUUCCUGUCAUGAUUUUUGCAAAUAUGGGAAGAACAUUGCAAUUGAACCAAAUAAAAGAAGUUUCAUACCUAAGUUAGCCGAACGAAAACAACUGCUCCAAAGCUCGCAGAAGAACAUUGGUGAAGUAAUGGUCUCAUCAGGUGUGAAACUUCAAGCAUCAGCUGAUUCUGAGCCAACAAAGAUGCCGUUGCACAAACGCAGAGCAUCAGCUGAUUCUCGGGUCCAGGGAACUAAUGCCUCAGACAUAACCAAGGUAAUUAAAACUGGACCGGGUCGGCUGGUUCAACCUGACAAUGAAGUUGUGGUAAACAAAGCGAAACAAUCAUUACCUCUUCGAGAUGUGCAAAAUUCGUCUACCUACAAAACAAGGAGGCAAGAGAUUUCAUCAAUUUCCAAGAGGAUUGGAGCCUCAUCAAUAUCAACUUCCAAGAAGGAAGAACCACUAUUGAAAUCAACCUCCAUGAAGACGAGGACUUCUCAGAUGGCCAAAACUUUAUCAAAAUCCAAUUCCAUGAAGACGAGGACUUCAAUGAAUCUAGAUUCCAUCAAAGUGGUUUCACCAAGGGCUUCCUUGUCAUCAAAAUCUUCUCAAAAAAGAAUUGCAGGCAUUAAUAUAUCCAAGAGCCUGAAAACUGCGUCGCGUGUUAAGAAUCAUACAAUGCCUAGAAAAGUUGAACCUGAGGGACGAUACAAUGAGGUCGAGGAAAAGACUUUGUAUGUCAUCAUAGAAACUGAAGACCAAACUUUUCAAUCUGAUCAAAAUGAAAACCUUGAUAUUGAAUUGUCCUCAAAUCCUCAAGAAGAUCAAGAGGAAUCCAAAUAUGCAACAAGUGAACUUGAGGAGGAAUCUUGCUUAGCAAACAAUGGAAAAGAAAACAUGGACAAUUCGGAGAUUUUGGCUUUGGAAGUUGAGGAAAAUGAGAAGCCUCAAGAGACUGAAAAUUCGGAGAUUUUGGAUUCGGAAGUUGAGAAAAAUGAGAAGCCUCAAAAGGGCGAGACUGAAAAUUCGGAGAUUUUGGAUAUGGAAGUUGAGGAAAAUGAGAAGCCACAAAAGGGCGAGACUGAAAAUUCGGAGAUUAUGGAUUUGGAAGUUGAGGAAAAUGAGAAGCCUCAAACCGGUGAGACUGAAAAUUUGGCUGAAACUGAAAUUGAGAAAAGUAGUCCAAGGAAGCUUAAAUUUGGAAGAGGAAAAGUGUCGGAGGACAACGCUAGUGAUGUUAAGGUUGAUGCUGAUGAAACUGUUGCUAUAACUGGUGUUGAAAAGGUUGUUUUAAGACAUCAAGAUUUGAAGGGAAAGAAAGAUGAACAACUAUUGUCCAAUAAUAUGAUUGAGGAAACAGCUAGUAAACUGGUUGAAAUUCAGAGGAGUAAGGUGAAAGCUUUGGUUGGUGCAUUUGAAACUUUGAUCUCACUUAAUGAGAAAAAAAAUUAGGCAAACACUUUAAUUUAGUGUAUGUUUGAAUUGAGAUUGAGUUUGACAUAAUCACAAUGUGCCACGUGAUUUUAACAAAAGUUACACUUUAGAGCUUCAACAAAGUUAAGAUGUCAUUGUGAUUUCGUCAAAUCAACGUCAUUUCAAAAAUGAGUUAGAGUUGAAAGCGAGAUCUUUGAAUUUACUGUUCACCACUAGUUUGAGUAAAACAUGAAUAAUUAUCUUUUGAAUUUGA